CUUCCGGCGGGUGAGCGCGGGAGCAAGAUGGCCACUACCAAGCGUGUGCUGUACGUGGGUGGGUUGGCAGAGGAGGUGGACGACAAAGUUCUUCAUGCCGCCUUUAUCCCUUUUGGAGACAUCACAGAUAUUCAGAUUCCUCUGGAUUAUGAAACAGAAAAGCACCGAGGUUUUGCUUUUGUUGAAUUUGAGUUGGCAGAGGAUGCUGCAGCAGCUAUUGACAACAUGAAUGAAUCUGAGCUCUUUGGACGGACAAUUCGUGUCAAUUUGGCAAAACCAAUGAGGAUUAAGGAGGGCUCGUCCAGGCCAGUGUGGUCAGAUGAUGACUGGCUGAAGAAGUUUUCUGGGAAGACUCUCGAAGAGAAUAAAGAGGAAGAAGGGUCAGAGCCACCCAAAGUAGAAACCCAGGAGGGAGAGCCCACGGCAAAAAAGGCCCGGUCGAAUCCCCAGGUGUACAUGGACAUCAAGAUCGGGAACAAGCCAGCCGGCCGCAUCCGGAUGUUGCUGCGUUCCGAUAUUGUUCCCAUGACAGCAGAGAAUUUCCGAUGCCUGUGCACCCACGAGAAGGGCUUCGGCUUUAAGGGAAGUAGCUUCCACCGCAUCAUCCCUCAGUUCAUGUGCCAGGGCGGUGAUUUCACGAACCACAACGGCACGGGGGGCAAGUCCAUCUACGGGAAGAAGUUCGACGAUGAGAACUUUAUCCUCAAACACACGGGACCAGGCCUGCUCUCCAUGGCCAACUCCGGCCCAAAUACCAACGGCUCUCAGUUCUUCCUGACGUGUGACAAGACGGAUUGGCUGGAUGGCAAGCACGUGGUGUUUGGGGAGGUCACGGAAGGCCUGGAUGUCCUGCAGCAGAUUGAGGCCCAGGGCAGCAAGGACGGGAAGCCAAAGCAGAAGGUGAUCAUCGCCGACUGCGGGGAGUACGUGUGAGUCUGCACACGCCGUCUCUGCACUGCCCCUGCCUAUCCAGGAGCUGUCAGCCUGGGAACCAGCACGUGAGGGUGUCUGUCCCCUUUGUGGCAAGCAGCGGUGUGUGUCGUGGCCCUUCUUGGGGGUCAGCUUGGAGCAGCUCUUCUGCAGACACGGCCCGGGCUCCCUCUGGCUCUCUCCCAGGUGUGGCUGUGGGCCCAGGAGCUCGCAGAGGUCCCCACUGUGGACGGGCUGUGCGUGACCUUUUCCAGGCCUUUGCUGCCACGGCUUCUCCUGGGCCCACCAGCAGGGCUCCUGGACAUUGCUUCUGGCAAAAUAAAUCCUAGUUCUUGUACUGUGA